AUGGCAGGGCCCGCAUCCCCCGGCAGCGAGGGGCCGACCUUUGCCCCGCCGCAGCUGCCUCCUGGCUGGAUCGCGCAGUGGGAUGGCACCAGCAAGAAGUACUACUACGUCCAGCUCUCGACCGGCGUCUCGCAGUGGGACACGCCCACCGAAGCUGCCCCCGUCGGCGGCACUCCCGGCCAGAACGUCGAGCAUCCCUAUGGCGUCCCCGGCGGCGGCGCUGGCCAGCCGCAGCUCAUCACCCACCCGGACGGCACGCAGACUGUGAAGCAUGCUGAUGGGACUAUGGAGCCCGUUAUGCCCGGCGGAGACGGCACCAGAGGAGUCGAUGGCCCGAAUGGCGAGAGAGGAUUCGGGACAAUGGCGAUGAACGCGCUACUGGGAGGGAAACAACAUGGAAGCAGCAGCGGACACAGCUCGAGCCCGCUCGGCGGCCUUGCAAGUCAGGUCAUGGGAGGACUGUCGGCAGGCGGCCAUUCAUCUGGUGGCCACUCCAGUUCCAGUGGCGGUGGUCUCGGUGGCAAGCUCGUCGGCCAGCUCGCCUCGAAUCUCUUCUCGUCGAGCAAUAAGCCCUCACAACCGCAGACCUACCACGGUGGACAGAAUGCCCAGCCGCAGCACUCCGGCGGGUUUGCUGGUUCAAUGAUGGGAGGUGUAGCGCACAUGUUUGGAGGGUCAUCGCAUCCACAACCGUCACAGCAGCAGCAGCACAGCUACCAGCAGCCUACUUACGGCGCGCAAGGGGGCUACAAUCCCGCCUAUGGCGGUGCCCCUGCACACGGCACCCCGUCCAACGGCUCCUCUCCAUAUCCCUCGCAGCCCUCGUACGCAAACCAGGGCCCGCCUAUCCCACACGGGUCGCACCCUUACGGAGGGCAGAACAAUCGCUAUUGA